AACACGCACAUCCCCGUCUGUCAUCUGUGAUCUGGCAUCGUGCUCAAAGAGUCCACGCCGCAGUUGAGGAGUUUCCCACUAACUCCUCCAAUCGAACACUAUCAGACUCAUCCACGUUUUUAAGAAAAGAUAUGCCUGUUCAACCCCAGUUCUUGAUCGGCCCAUUGGGGCAACCAGCUCCACCGGACGGCAACCAAAUCCCCGCUCAAGCUGAUGGGAACGCACGAUAUGUGAGGGGCAGUCCUCCGGGAAUUUUCUGGCCCGCAUCCCCGAUCCAAUCGUCGACGGGACGAGCGGAGAUCGUGCGACUGAGUUAUUCGCAAAGUUCAAUUAACAGAGCGAAUGCGAACAAGGCGGAAUCCCCGAGUUUGGCGCUGAGGAAAGCGCCCGGUGAAUAUUCAUUUGGAGAUUUGGAAGAUCCUUCUCAGCCCGAGCUCAACGAUUUCGCUCAUCUUCUGAAACCGUCUGGUCCUGCAGCGAGCCUCAGCAGAAAUCGACAAGACACGCCAGCGAUGAUGGAAUAUCCGCCGCUGAGUGCUGAAACCUCAAUUGACUUCCACAGGCUUGAGAAUGGCAAUCAUACGAGGGAUGAGUUCCAUGUGAUCAAGGAGGACUUUCCCGCGCUCCCACGCAUACCAGGAACACUUCUGCCGGAGGAGGAGGAAGUACACAAGGAAUGUCGACAACCUCCUACAAGCCAAGCGACCGCUGAUCUGCGGCCGGUAGGCGCCCUGGCACCGGAGAACUACGACCUGAAGUCUUUCAUCAAGCGGUGGUCGUCGAGCGAGUUUUGCGAAGCUUAUCGAAUGCUGAACUUCGACGACCUAGUUCACAGAGCUGCCAAGUUGCAUCCUCUCGGCGAGUGCGCCACCGAAACGAUAACGAGAGCCCUGCCGAUCGAGAAUCUGUUCGUCGGCGUUAACGUGUCGAACCAGUGUACGCUGCUGCGUGAGCCCGAAGAUCUGAGAAACGAGGAUGCGAAUCAUCGUUUCGUUCGUGGUCACAAAGUCGCUGUACUGGAGAGCGACAAGUACUAUGCGAUGUCAGAUGCUUUGAAAGAUAAACUGCGGAAUCCACGACUCCAGAUGCUGGACGAACUCACUUUAUUCUUCCUAUUUUAUUUCUUUACCCGAGACACCCAGCAGCUGAUAGCGGCCGACGCACUCUUCCAGAGGAACUGGAGAUGGAACAAGAGAAUUUCGCGCUGGUGCCGUUUCGAGAGAUCGCAGCAGCAAGGCAUGCUCCAAGUCGGAGUGUUCCAGGUAUAUGAUCUACCCACAAACCGAAUUCAGACGAUCAGCUUCCCGUACUCCGCGCAUGAUUUCGAACUCUCACCACCUGUGAUCCCUCCCCCUAAUGUGAGGACACCCACCAUAAACUACGAAGAAAAAUUGUAA